AUGGCGAUUCGAGGGCUUGCCGCGCAGUGUGUGUCUUCUAUCACCAGAGGCAGCCGCCUCCUUCGCCGCCCGGUGCAGCAACAGCGUCGCUUCUUCAUGUUUAGUGCUCCGCGCUUGGGAACAUUCAAGUACCGCCACACACGAACCAUCCCCGACGACGCCGUUAACCCAUUGACGACUCCAACAAAGAUUGACGCGGGCACGUUGCACAUUGUCUCUGUUCCCAUUGGGAAUUUAAAGGACUUUUCUAUUCGUGCUCUUGACGUUCUUCAACAGGUCGACUACAUUGUCACGACGGAUAGGCCGGCGACUAAGACUUUAUUGGAUUUGGUGCAUAUUGAGGCUCAAGGUCGCCUUAUUCACUACUCGCGCAGCAAUCGCACGGCAUCCAAGGAGAAACUUGUGGAACUGCUGCGGGGAGGAAGAAGCAUGGCGCUGGUUUGCACAAGUGGGACGCCGUGUGUGGGUGAUGUGGGGAGUGAGUUGAUUCGGGAGAUGCAAUCGGCGGGGGUGCGUGUGUCGGCCGUGCCCGGCCCCUGUGCCUUGACGUGCGCACUGGCGGUUUCUGGCGUCACUUUCUCCCCGUACGAGAGCGGCACUUCGUCGCCGUCGUCCUCCACGCACGCCGAAGUUCCUUCCCUCGCCUCCCUGCGUUCUCUUCGCGAUGGGUCUUUCUUUUUUGGAAACAUGUUGCCGGAGUCCCAUGGGGCACGUCUCCGCAUUCUUCGAAAUAUCGUCGGAGCGGCGAAUUAUCCCUGCGUCUUCUACGAGAUACCGCGACGGCUGUUGUCAGUCCUGCAGGACGUGGCGUUGGUGCUGCCCAGACGUCGUGUUGUCGUCGCCCACGAGUUAACAAAAAUGAAUGAGUCACUGCACGCGGAUAACGCCGACAAACUACUGGCCUUCUACUCCCGGCAGGAGGCAUACGUGAUGCUUAAAAAGGGGCAGCUGGUGCUCAUCAUUGACGGCCCUGACGCCAGUGAAGCACAGGAGCAGUUGCGGCGAGAAGCUGAGAAACGACGGCGAUUGCGGCGGGGCAUCGCAGAGUUUGUCGGCCAAGGCCGCGACGGUGAGGAGUCGGGUCAAGGAGUUAUUCAGCCAAAACCUCAAAGCCGGCGCGAGCUGCUUCGAAGGCGGCGUCGCAAACGGCUUAUCAUGAAGAUUGAGAAGGAGCAAGAAAAAAUUAGAAUGGCCAUGAAGAUCAACCACACAGAUGCGUCCAAACUCUGA